AUUACCUGUUCUGUUGAUUCCUCUUGGGGCACCUGGCAUUGGCCAGUGUCAGAAGGCAGGGUUGAGUUUUUAUUAUGGUGAACUUCAAAAAUCAGUCAAGUUCCCAGCAUGGGGAGUGAAUGAAAGUUACAGCUGUUUUAAGAGGAUAACUUCCUCUGUGGUCUAGCAAAAGCUGAGACCAUCUUCAGCCAUUCUCUUGUGCACGCACACAUCCAGGACCUAAUGAAUCCAAACGGCAGGCUUACAUUUCUCUGCCUGCAGGGCACAAACGUACGAGAACUGGGUGGAACUGACCUGUCCUUUCAACUGAUCUGUCUUGGUUUUUGAAGAACUGAAUUAACGUCCCGUCUGAUCACCAAUUACUACUUACGCUGCGUGUUACCGCAACAUCCGGGACACCAUUGUGUUAGGCAUGGUACAAACACAGAGCACAAAGGCUAUUUCUGGCUAGAAAUGUAACCUAGCCGUAAAGGAAGGACGGGGUGGCAGAAGUACCAGUUAUCUUGGAGGGGAAAUAUCCCACCCACCCCUUGGCACAGGUUGAAAAAUCUAGUGAGGCUGACUCAACCCUCCACCUUUCCAAGAUGCUUCCCUCUGGGCUCUGGCUGUAGGAUGUUGGAGAAUCAAGAGCAAGAAGAACUGACCACGGUGCGUGUUCAGGACCCUCGGCUCCAGAACGAAGGCUCCUGGAAUUCCUAUGUGGAUUAUAAAAUCUUCCUCCAUACCAGCAGCAAGGCCUUUACUGCCAAGACCUCGUGCGUGCGCAGACGGUACCGCGAGUUCGUGUGGCUGAGGAAGCAGCUCCAGAAAAACGCUGGCUUAGUGCCUGUCCCGGAGCUGCCAGGGAAAUCCACCUUCUUCGCAGGCAGCACCGAUGAGUUCAUUGAGAAACGGAGACAAGGGCUCCAGCAGUUCCUGGAGAAGGUCGUGCAGAACGUGGUCCUCCUGUCAGACAGCCAGUUGCAUCUCUUCCUGCAGAGCCAGCUGUCGGUGCCCGAGAUCGAGGCGUGCGUGCAGGGCCAGAGCCCCCUGACCGUCACGGACGCCAUCCUCCGCUACGCCAUGUCGAACUGCGGCUGGGUGCAGGAAGAAGACGCCCGCCCUGCGCUCGUGGCGGGGGCAGAGCUCUACAGCAGCUGUGCUGGUCUCGGAAGCCCCCCUGUUCGGAGCUGUCUGAAACCCCCUUCGGGCUGGAGCGACUUCGGCAUGGAAGACAACCACUCGGAUAGCCUGGAUUCUCCUACGGAGCAGCCGGAGACGAAGUAAGCAGCACAAACGAUCGUGUGCACCCUGUCUGGGAGCAGCGGCUCUUGCUCUGCGGAGAGCCGAGGAUGGCAGCUGAGUGGCUCCCGUUGGUGCAGGAUUGGGACCCUGCAUGGCACGUGGGCCUCAUCCUCAGCCCCUCUACUCCCAGCUUGUGACCACUUCAUGCUGCCUCUGGACGGUCCUCUUAUGAGGCAGGUGCUGGGUGAAUACACAACUGAGCUGUACGAAAAGGGAACCAGUGCUUAGUAGAACCUAAGUUUGUUACUCCCCAGGGCUGUGUCAUGCUCUUGUGGGGGGAACGGUGUGUAUUAGGGAUGGGGGCUGCUUGAAAACAAAAGCCAGCUCCCUUGAUCUUGGCUUGAUUCUCUGUCCCCUUGGAGCUGGGUCAUGGAGGCAGAUGCUCAUCGCUGCAGAGAUCCUCCAGGAGAGAUGUUGUCUGGAUCCCUAGGCCGAGCUGCCGUCCCUCCUUGCCCAGUGGAUUCUCGUUCCUAGAACUAGAAUUCAGUCUUCGUAGCAUUCCCCUCUGAAAAACCAACGGCCGCGUAGGCACGAGCGGCGCUGCUUUGCACGGCUGAGAGCCACAUUUAAACAGCGGCUGUGGGGCGGCCUCCCCUCAGCUGUGCUGAGCCGGAAGCCCACACGCUGGGUAUGGAUACCACCUCCACACCUCGGUCCUCCAGGCCGAGCUCGGCCUGUUCUCCGUGCAGCUGGACUGAGCCAAUGAGCUUUCCGUGGGGGCUCUAUAUUGCAGGGUUGAUUCCUCCAUUGCGGCGGGGCUGGGGGAAUGUGUGGUGGUGGGACAGUGAGGUCAGAAGGUUGGUUGUGCUCCCCUUUUGUGUGGGACACCCCUCAAGCUGGGCUUCCCUGCAGGAGAACAAACCCUUUGGCUAGCCCAGACCUGCCUGAGCCUAACAGCCAACUGGCGCUGAAGAGGGCAAAGGGGAAGGGCACAGGGUGGUGAUCCCUAUAGCCAGCCAUGAGGGAGCAGAACCGAAGAAAGAAUGGGCAAUCCCACGCUGCAGCUACCACCAGGGCCUCUCUGCUUUCAGCCCGUCGGGUCCAUUUACUCUGCUGCUCCCCUGUGCCUUUCCACCAGCCCAUCCUCUGGCAUUGGCUUGGCUCAGAAGGCAGAGCUGAGGUGCUCUGGCCUGCAAUAAAUGUGA